CUUUUUUAUUAUGAAUUUUUCUCCCGAAUCAAAUUCAAAAAACUAAUCAAAAUGCCUUUAAAUUGUGCCCUUAAAUGUGUCCCAAAGUUCUGUCGGCCCCUGUUUCAACAAAAUUUAGCUUCCUGUAUCGCAAUUAAGCCCCUUUUCUUUCAAAAAACCUUAUUUCAUAGUAGUCCUUGCUUGGAAGCUUGGAAGAACAAAAGUAAUGAGCCCACUAAAUGGCUCGAGUACAACAAUAAAAUUUAUCCGCCUCAGAAACCGGACGAAGAACCACGACCAGCUUUUAUUUGUCAUCAAAGAGCUAACAUAAAAUACAGCCCAUGGAAAAUGUGGUACAUCGCCUGCCUGGUCAGAGGCAUGCCUGUAGAUGAGGCUAUAAAACAAUUAAAAUUUAUACCAAAAAAAGGGGCUAAAGAUGUUAGAGAAGUCAUUGAGGAGGCUAAAGAAUUGGCUGUUAAAGAGCACAAUGUUGAGUUUGCAAGUAAUAUGUGGGUGGCUGAAUCUUUUGUGGGAAAAGGUAAAGUUAUAAAAGGAAUGCGCAGGCACGGCAGGGGAAGAUUUGGAGUGAUUGAAUAUUUCCAUUGUCACUAUUUUUUGAGGCUAGAAGAAGGCAAACCUCCAAAACAUUAUUAUUAUAACCAUCCCAAACAGCCUCACGAAAUGCUUGAGGCUUGGCUAGAACAAAUGAGAAAGAGGAAAAUUAUCAAUUCACUGUAAUAAAAAAAUAUAUUUAUUUAAUUAAGCAACAAAAAAAUCAGUCUUUUGAACAUUCUUCAAUAAAUUUUCGCUUGAAAUUUGAUUGCUUUCAAUCCAUUUUUCAAGCUCCAAGGGCUUAAGUGGUUUUUGCCUCACACAGCCUUCUACAUUUUUGGGCAAAGUUUCCAUAAGAUUUUGCAUCAACUCCUCUACAUCCACUUUGACAAAACGCAACUUACACAAACUAAUAGCAUUCACAAAAUUUUUGUGCGUUAUAAACUUGUGUUCCAAAUAAACGUUUUGAUUGUCCCAGUAAACGAUCUACAAAUUAAAAUUAGUUUAAUGAGUGAUUAAAACGUAAUUGAUUUACUUUGGUGCUGAUGCAAUAUUUGGAGAAAAUUUUGAUGAACCUUCUGUAUCGGAUUGUGGAGGCACCAAUGAAAACCGAACCUCCUUUGGCAACGGUGCGUUCGUACAAUUUGGUGCGUUCGUAAAAGUCGAUUCUGGCAAAGUCCAACUCACGCAGGUAGCGGGCGUUAUUCAUGUGGUUCAGGAGGUUGUCCACGUCAUUUGUUAGACAGAUUCCU